AUGUCGGGGACCCCGUCGACGAGGCAGGAGUCGAUGGAGGCAAAACCGCCUCUGGAUGCGGUGGCGCGGCCAUCGAGGACAAUAUCGUUAAAUCCAAGCGCAGCUCAGCAGGCCACGCGCGGGCUGCAUUCUAAAAAUUAUUCCUAUUUAAGCGAGAGUGCGUGGGAAUCCCGUGAGAGCAACUCAGGGUAUUACCAGGAGCAGCAGGCCGACGUGGACGAGGGUAUACGCCACAACUUCUACCAGAGGCUCUACCGGUUUUACAAGGUGUAUAACCCCCAAAAAAUAGACCGCAUCGACGAAUAUAUUGCAGCUCACAAAGGGCAGGAGGAGAUCCUCUUUGCGAUACUGGUCCGAAAGUAUGGUCCGGAACCCCAAGAUACGGCACCCCAGUUAAUGAAUUCAACCUGCUCUACCGAGAAUGCCUCAACUAUGCUGCACGAAGCCGGUAAACGUUACACAUUUCCUGUGUCUGUCUCUCCCCAACAAGGUAAUACUGACUGCGAAACACCGUAUUGGGGCAACUUUAACCUGAUUGGCGAGCGCGAUGUCCUGGGGUUGCUGUGCAACCUAGAGACCACGAAUGAGGAGCUGCAAAAGUGCUACAUUGGUAUGCUAGCGCAGCAUCCGAGUAGCUCAUGGAAUGGCAUGACAUACAUUACACGUGCGAAAGGAGUGGCUCCAAGUGGGACGUCAUUCUUAGGACAUGUUUGGGCGGGCACUCUUUCAAGCGUAAAGCCGCUGGUUCAUGGGGGUGCUGUGUAUCAACGGACCGAUUUGUAUUGUACGGAGGAAUGCCAGCGUGCUGGGCUGCACGAACGCUGGCGACUGAGUGUGUAUAGUAAUGAGGUGAACUCGCUUCAUUUGUUUCGAGUAGUAUGGGAUCCAGUGAUUGCCUUGGAGCCUCCCCCUCUUAGUCGAUCAGCAGUUUCGUUGCCGUCCUCUUCGGAACAAGUUUCUUUGAUGGGAUCUAGCGCAAGCCGUUCCCGUUUUCGCAGUGAGGGGGCAGGGCAGCCGCGACAGCCCUCUGUGAGCGUUACAUUGGCGGGCAUCAUGACAGCCCUGGAAAGAAUUGAAGGAAAGUUGUGGACGCGACUGGAUGCAUUAUACGCGAAAGUCUCCUCAUUGGAGUCAAGGUUUUCUGCCUGGGAAGCUGCGUCGCAAACCAAUGCCACCAGUUGA